GCACACACCGGAUCGCGGAGAGUUCUCCAGACGUUAAAAAACACAUACACCGGCAUGGAAACGUUGGCGAGCGGAUUUAGAACCACCGAGCGGCCUGGUGAGCGGGUCUAACCUUCCCUCGGCACCCCCCCCCCCUUCCUUUGUGUGUGUGUCCGUGCAGCGACAAACACGGGAGCUGUAUUUACGCACCGGCCACGCAGCAUGCCCGAGUUGGACUAGAGGCUACCCUGCUGGAGCGCAACACGCACGCGGAACACCGCUGAGAGCCGGGAGGAAUAUUUACAAUAGAAACUCAAUUCCUUUGCGAAGAAGAAUAGCACACGAGGGGGGAGCGGAGGAGUGAAAGAUAACACUGGAAUGAAGUGGACCUCGGGAUUCCCAGCGUGCUGCGGAGUUGUGACUGAUGGAUGAAUGUGGUCAUCUGUAGGUUAUAUACAGCGACAGGUACAGACACCAUCAGGGGAGCUUUGACAAAGACACGGCGCAGCGCUUCAUCGGCAGCCGCAUCGCCAGAUUGUGUGUGUGUCUCCAGAAACUGUGCGACUGGUUAGAUCGGUUUCACCACACAUCAGAUCGUACUGUCGGGUUGUCUCUUUAGAGCAAAAAGAAAGGAAAAAAGAAAAAAAAAAGGUCGUGAAGGGCAGUUUUUGUCUCAGCCACAGGUCAACCAGGACAUUCGGGGGCUGCUUUUCCCUUCCAGAUCCAAUCAAGAACCGGGGGCUCCUUCUUCUGCACGUCUCCUGCGGACAGUUCAGUCAAGGACACGGGGGUCUGGAGCAUUUUUUUAAGAAGUCGGACAGAGGGACAUGUAUCUGAUAUCGACCUCACAUGCUCCCGACUGAUCGUAGCUCACCUUUCCACCGGGCGAACCACAGAUAAAGGCUGCCAGGCGCACUGUCCGACGCUCUGAGUUAUCGGCUCACUGUCUGUACAUUUAUCAGAAUGGCGGGACUCGGUUGUUGGAAGUAUUACCUCUGGAUCUUUAUUUUAAUGUGCAGGUCGGCGUUACCUACAGCAAAAUCGCUGGAGACUAUAAUUUGGAGCUCGCAGAAUCCCAAGUUUCUGGCUGGAAAAGGCCUGGUGAUCUACCCAGACAUCGGGGACAAGCUGGACAUCAUCUGUCCCAAAGCGGACCAAGGCAGAGAGUAUGAGUACUACAAGCUGUACCUGGUGAAGAAGGAGCAGGCGGAGAGCUGCAGUACAGUCCUUGAUCCUAAUGUCCUGGUCAACUGUAACAAGCCCGAGAAGGACAUCAAGUUCACCAUCAAAUUCCAGGAGUUCAGCCCCAACUACAUGGGCCUGGAGUUCAAGAGGAACGUCAACUACUACAUCACCUCAACCUCCAACGGUACAGUCGAGGGCCUGGAGAACCGGGAGGGAGGCGUGUGCAAGAGCCGAGCCAUGAAAGUCAUCAUGAAAGUCGGACAAGUUCCAAACGCAGCGAACCCUGUGGCGCCGGAGGCUCCAGAAGACAACACCAUACCGGAGUCCAGUUCCAGUCCGCCUGACCAGGGUCGGAUUGGACCCGAGAUGCCAGGAAACUCUGACCACAUGAAUCAGGACCAGGGUUCCUCAGCGAACUCGGACGGCAUCCUUGGAUCCAGAGUGGCCGUGUUCUCCGCCAUCGGGGCCGGCUGCAUCAUCUUCCUCCUGCUCAUCCUCCUCCUCGUCAUCCUGCUUAUCAAGAUGCGCAAGCGCGCCAGGAAAAACGCCCACUCGCAGCCCCGCCCCUCAGCACUGUCUCUCAGCACGCUGUCCAAUCCCAAGAUGCCCGGGGGCACGGCUGGCACGGAGCCCAGUGACAUCAUCAUUCCGCUGCGGACAGAGAACAACUACUGCCCUCACUAUGAGAAGGUGAGCGGCGAUUAUGGCCACCCCGUCUACAUUGUCCAGGAGAUGCCACCGCAGAGCCCUGCCAACAUCUACUACAAAGUCUGACACGCUCCGCACAGCCAGCGACACAGCCAGGAGAGAGAGAAAGAGAGGAGCGCUUGAUUUAUAAUCUUUGGAAGAACACCUUCCUUUGCAUUCUGGGGACUUGAUGCUCCUUCAAGCCCCUGUUAUUUCUACCACCUGCUGCACAAAUCUGGAGAGACACGCACUGACCAGUAACCAGCGGGAUUGUGAGCUGACUGAUGAGAGGUUUAUUCUGUUUGUUUGGGUUGUCUGACAAUCCCCACCCCUCCUUUUCCUCCCCCUCCCCUCACCUCCCCACCUUCUACGUCUCCCUGCUGUGCUCCGACACGGGGGCGGGGCUGGAGCGAACCAACAGAUGGAACUCUAGCUUCCUGAUUUGCUGUCCCCUUUAAUGGGCAGGAUAUAACUUAUCUCAGUUCCCCGAAGUACAGUCUGUGCUACACCCAAUUAAACACACCAUCCUAGCACACUAGCCAGGAACAGGCAGACACAGGCCCUGAAUGCCACUCAGCCUGCAGUCUGUGUGCAAGCAUAAAAUGUGUGUGUGUGUCUGCGUGCGUGUGUGUGUGUGUGUGUGUGUUAGCCAGGGCUCCGUACUGGGCCAGGAAACUCUCCAGAUAGCUCAGGUAUCAGACACAGUGUGUGAAAUAAUGUGUUCCUCUCCCUUCGCACCUCUGAUGUUUGCCUUACUUACUAUUUUUGAUGGAGGAUUUCCUCGAACCCUGAGUCAGUUCACAAAGCAGUUGUAUUUUGUUAGACUUUUCCUACAAGUGCACAAUGUAUAGAAUUGAAUAGAUCAUCAUUAUUACUCCAUCUUCUCACCGCCCAUGUCAUCCAUCACACUCUUGAUUUUUUGUUCCCAAGUCAGUCCCUUGACCUGGACUUUUGAUGUCGAGGUGUGUAUGUGAGUGUGUGUGUGACCUUCUCCACUGGUCUGAUGUGAGUGUUACCAUUACUCUGGUAUUUAUGACCUACUUCUGUGUAUCUGAAGGUGUGUCCUCUGUGUGUGGUGUGUGUGUGUGUGUGUGUGUGUGUGUGUGUGUGUGUGUGUGUGUGUGUGCGUGUGCGUGUGCGUGUGUGUGUGUGUUUGGGCAUGUCCAGACCAGUCUUAUAUCUGGGCAGACUUAUUGGCUUAGGGGUAGAACAGCAAGUUACUGUAGCAUAAGCUGCAAAAACAAGACAGACAGACUGAAGGCGCCGACAGACAGAAAUGCCCGAGAUCUUACAAAACCCUUCUAGUGCUCCAGCUGGCAUCAAUUGAAGGCUUUAUUGUGUCUGAUGAGCUUUCAGGGAGAUGGUUUUUAAGACAGCAGGCAGGUUGAUAUUUGUUUGUUCUAGCCUCUGGUGCUACAGUGUAAGCAUCAAACAGUCAGUUUGGUGCCUGCUGCCUGGGCGAGAUGGGCGUAGGUUUGACGGUCGACACUGAUUGGCUGGCCUACAUAGGUAGGAUGCCCUAUAUAUAAGUUGGAUGGCGAGCUACGGCUGAACAUUGGGAUACAGUAUUGUCAACUGCCAAUUGGCUGCCAUCUGUAGAUGAGUCAGUGGAGUGCGCAGUCAGUGUCGUCGCCAGCGUGUGACUAAUCUAUGUGCCAUCUCCAUGCCCACACUCACCAGCCAGGGAGGAGAGAGAGAGAGAGAGAGAGAGAGAGAGAGAGAGAGAGCGGCGGAUAAAGGAGAAAAUGUUCCUGUGACUUGGCUUUAACCUGGCGAAGA